AUGAUUCCAAAGACUACGACGAUGCGCAUCGCUUCUUCGAUACAGUACUCUUCUCAUCUGCAUGAUACGCCGCCAGUUACACUCCUCAACACCCGCCGCCUUCACAUCUCCGCAACUUCCCCCAAAGACCACAUCCCGUCAACCGCAAGACCAAAUCACCAAGCCGAGAACCCAUCGCUUCCCUCCUUCAACCUCUUCAAGCUGGUCCGCGAUGCCAAGCCAGCAGUCCGCUACACCGUCUACGCCGGUCUCGGUUUGAUGGCCACCGUCGAGACGACCUUCUGGUUCCACAUACUGCGAGCCAAGUUCUUCCCGCGGGCAUCGGCAGAAGAACAGGAGAAGGCUGAUGCGCUGCUCCAACGUUUGAGCGAGGCCAUGAGAAACUAUCGUCAUGUGUGGAUGGCGAAUUACGGCCGGUACUAUGGUGCGCAUGUGUGGGGGCUGGGGUACGGCGGACUUGACGGUCUGGGUGGUGAUAUGGUAUGA